CGCCUUUGCGCCCGCCUGGACGCGGUGGACUUCAAACUCACCGCGGCGCUGGCGGCGGGGACGCCCUGGGCCUCCCUGGAGGUUCUGCGAGCUCACCGGGUGAAGUUGGAGAAUCUCGGUCGGAUGACCUAUGCAGUGCAGUCGAUGACCUCUACGUUUCAGUCUCUCUUCUAUGAAGAGAAAGAAGACAAGAGCCAGCUGAAACAAGAGUGGAAGGAGCAUCACUUCGCCUUGCACGUGUACAGGAAGCACAUCAUCGAGUCCGCGCUGAGCUCUAAGGAGGCGAGCUCUCGAGGGGCUGCGGAGACGGCGCUGCAGGAGCAGCAGGAGAGCUCCAAAUGGAGCGACGAUGAGGGCGACCCCAACGUCUUCGAGUCGAAGACGGAAUACGACGUCCCGGAGAUCAUCUGCGACAUCGCAGAGGACGCCACCUUGUCCGGUCUGGCGGGCUUCGUCCAAUACUGCGACCCUGUGCAGACGCCUCCUGCGGCGGCCUGA